AUCUCAUUUUAGUUCCGUCAGUCUAGGUGGGGACCGCGGGGCUCUGAGACGACGAACACAAAGAUCAGUGCAUAAAAAUGUGGAAUAAUCUAAUUUAUGGUCAUCUUGAUGGAAUGAAGAUUCUUCUCUACAAAAACAUGUUGAUGCUUUUUCUAUUUUUAUCAUUGGCGAGUGUGUCUGGUACAGAGACCGAUGAAACUGAGUCUGUGUCAGUGAUGGAGGGAGAUUCUGUUACUCUACAGACCAAUGUUACCGAAAUACUGAAUGGUGAUACUAUACUGUGGCUGUUUGGACCUGGAGACUCUCUCAUAUCUCAGAUUGGAAGAAAGAAUGCCUUCACUUCAGUUUUUGUCACCAAUGAUGAGGGAUUCAGAGGCAGAUUACAAGUGGACCAAAAAAGUGGCUCUCUCACCAUCAGAAACACUAGAAUCAGACACUCAGGACGAUAUAAAAUAUCCAUGACUAGAGAAGAAACAAUGUACAAGAUAUUUAUUGUGAAUGUCUCAGCUGUGGUUGGUGAUACGGAUAGAGUAAAGUCAGUGUCAGUGAAGGAGGGAGAUCCUGUCAUUCUAAACCCUGAUGCUGAAAUACACAAAGAUGCUCUAAUGCUGUGGAUGUUUGUAGAAAAAGGCAUUCUUCUAGCUAAAGUUGACAUUGAGACUAACAAGACCUCAUUAUACAAUGAUAAUGAGAGAUUCAGAGACAGACUGAAGCUGGAUCAUCAGACUGGAUCUCUGAUUAUCAAGAACACCAGAAUCACAGACUCUGGACUUUAUGAACUACAGAUCAGAGGCAGUGAGAGUUUACAGCGAUUCUUUGUUUCUGUCAGUGCUCUUCCAGAUCCAGGUCUGUCUCCAGGUGCUAUAGCAGGAAUCUGUUUAGGUGUUAUAGUUCCUUUUCUGCUGCUUGUAGGUGCUUUGGUUUACUAUCGCCAAAGGGUUUCUAUAUUAAAAAGUCAAAUAACUGUGACAGGUGAAGAUCAAAAGUCAGUGAUGGAGGGAGAUUCUGUCACUCUAUGCACUGGUCUUACUGAAAUACAGAGGGAUGACACGAUAGAGUGGUGGUAUGAAGAUGAAGACAGUCUCAUUGCUAAAAUCAAUGGAGAGUCCAGAGAGACAUCUGAUGGUGCUGAUGGGAGAUUCAGAAGCAAACUAAGUCUGAAUGCAAAAGGAGAUCUCACUAUCAGUAACAUCAGGACCAUACAUUUUGGACUCUAUAAACUGAAGAUCAGCAGCAGCAACAGGAGCUGCACAGGCAACAUCACCAAAAAACCCACAUACAAGAGAUUCAGUGUUACCAUCACUGUGAAUUCAGUGACAGUGCAGGAGGGAGAAUCUGUCACACUUCAGACUGAAGCUCAAAUACAGAGAGGUGAUCUGAUACUUUGGACGUUUGGAGCUUCAAACCUUCUCGUUAUUAGAGAUGAACUAACUGGAACUGAAAGUAUUCAUGAGGACUUCAGAGACAGACUGGAGCUGGACCAUCAGACUGGAUCUCUGACCAUCACAAACACCAGAACCACAGACUCUGGGCAUUUUAAACUACAGAUCAUCAACCACCAAAAGACCACAUUUGGAAGAUUCGAUGUGACUGUCACUGCUUCCACGGGAAACCAAGAGAGUGAAUCAGUGACUGUAGUGAUGCGGCUGUUGAGUGAAGAUGAAGCUAAUGGAGUGAAUAAGUAGCAAGAGACAACUCCACUUUAAUGAGAUAAGACACGCCCACCAGUGUCAGUCACUCUGACAUCAUCAACAUUUGAGUUCGACAACAAUUCUGCUUUCAUGAAUGUGAGAAACAAAUCGGUAUGCAGGAAAAAGUUAGAAUGAAAACUGCAGACAAAAGUGUGUUGACUACUAUUAACUGAUAAAGCACACAAACCUCACAGUUAACCCUUCACAGUCCACACUAAGCUUAGAUAACACUUCCAAAUGAUCUGUGGUGCUAUUAUUUAAGAUAGGAGCAGAAAAUAUAUGUUUAUACAGUUUUAUAGAGUAUCACAUAUAGUUAAUAUCAUGUUUUAUUUUCUCCAAAAGCUAACAUAAUUACAAAUGUGAUAUUGAUUUAAAUAUAAUGAAUAGCUAAAUUUUAUUAUAUAAAUAAACCAGUCAAAUAAAAAAAAGUAGUUUCAUAAUAAGAGAUAGCAUUUUAGGCACUAUAUUUCAUGUUUUUGCUCUUUUUUUUUUUUCUUUUUUUUUCACAAAAACAAACAAAACAAAAACAUUUAAAACUCAGCCACACCGCUGUUUUGUUCCUGAAUGAAUCAACCGUUUAAAUGAUUCGAUUUGAUAAGGUAUUAAAUGUCCCUCUGGGCUGCAUUAAACAGUGUAUAAAUGCAUCUAAAUGACUCUUCUAAUGCAGCUUCUAUGUUUUCUCUGCAUUGUAAAGAUAAAUUCUGUUGAUAUUGAUUUAAUUUGCGUGGUAACAACCCAAAUGCAAUUAUCUGUCUUAAAAUGUGUAUGUAUACAUGUGUGUGUGUGUGUGUGUGUGUGUGUGUGUGUGUGUAUAUAUAUAUAUAUAUAUAUAUAUAUAU